CGGGGCCCCUCCCGCGGCCGCACGAUGACCGCGGCCGGCUCCUCCAACUGGGGCCUGAUCACGAACAUCGUGAACAGCAUCGUGGGCGUCAGCGUCCUCACCAUGCCCUUCUGCUUCAAGCAGUGUGGCAUCGUCCUGGGCGCGCUCCUGCUGCUCUUCUGCUCCUGGAUGACGCAGCAGUCCUGCCUCUUUCUGGUCAAGGCCGCCAGCCUCAGCAAGCGCCGGACCUACGCCGGCCUGGCACUGCAUGCCUAUGGCCGCGCCGGAAAGAUGCUGGUGGAGACCAGCAUGAUCGGCCUCAUGCUGGGCACCUGCAUCGCCUUCUACGUGGUUAUCGGGGACCUGGGCGGAGACUUCCUGGCCCGGCUCUUCGGGCUGCAGCUGACACGUGGCACGCGGGCGCUGCUGCUGUUCACUGUGUCGCUGUGCAUCGUGCUCCCGCUGAGCCUGCAGCGCAACCUGCUGGCGUCCAUUCAGUCCUUCAGCGCCAUGGCUCUCGCCUUCUACUCCGUCUUCAUGCUGGUGAUUGUGCUGUCCUCCCUCCAGCAUGGCCUGUUCCGAGGCCAUUGGCUGCAGCAGGUCGGCUACUUCCGCUGGCACGGCGUCUUCCGCUGCGUCCCCAUCUUUGGCAUGUCCUUUGCCUGCCAGUCCCAGGUGCUGCCCACCUACGACAGCCUGGACGAGCCAUCGGUGAAGACGCUGGCGUCCAUAUUUGGGUCCUCCCUGCACGUGGUCACCACCUUUUACGUGAUGGUGGGUUUCUUUGGCUACGUGAGCUUCACCGAGGCCAUCGCAGGCAAUGUGCUGAUGCACUUCCCGUCCAACUUGGUGACCGAGAUGAUCCGCGUGGGCUUCGCCAUGUCGGUGGCUGUGGGUUUCCCCAUGAUGAUCCUGCCCUGCAGACAAGCCCUCAACACAUUGCUGUUCGAGCAGCAGCAGAAGGACGGGACGUUCGCGGCUGGGGGCUACAUGCCGCCUCUGCGCUUCAAGGCCCUCACCUUCUGCAUCGUCUUCGGGACCAUGGUCGGUGGCAUCCUUAUCCCCAACGUGGAGACCAUCCUGGGCCUCACGGGAGCCACCACCGGCAGCCUCAUCUGCUUCAUCUGCCCAGCCCUCAUCUACCGAAAAGUGCACCGAAGCGCUCCAGCUUCCCAGGUGGUGCUGUGGGUCGGUCUGGGCAUCCUGGUGAUCAGCACACACAGCACGCUCUUUGCCAGUGACUACACUGCUGUGGACACUGCCCUGGGAGCCCCUGGUGGCCAGCGAGCCGAGUUGGAGGCUGUGGUCAAGGCGAAGGCCGCUCAGCUCCCAGGCCCCAAACCCCUGGUAGAUGUGGCCCAGGACAACCGGCCCCACCUGAAGCUGCCGGAGGAGAAGCAGGAGCUGGAGCAGGCCCAGAUCAAGGGCCCCGAAAAAGUGCCUGUGAGGGACAGUGCCCAGGAGAAAGAUGCGGCUCAGCUGGACCGUCCGGGACAAGGCGUGGCUGCGCCCGUGGGUGAAGCUCAUCGCCACGAGCCGCCCAUCCCUCACGACCAAGUGGUGGUGGACGAGGGCAGGGACCGUGAAGGCCCAGGGGAGAAUGAGCAACUCCCCAAACAUAAGCAGGAGCAAGGGCUGGAUGCCCAGGCUCAGAAGGGGCCCCCACCACCACCACCUGAUGCAGAGAAGGGGCCGCCUGGGCAGGGCCAGGCCUUGGGGGCAGCUAGGCCUCCCCCAGAACCGCCCCAGCUGCACGGCCAGGCAGCCCUCGAGCCCCUUAAGGAUAGGCCUCCAGCGGCUCCCUCCCAGGGACACGUGGAAGGAAGAGGAGUCGGCGCCCUGCAGCUGGGCCCUGCACCUAGGAGUGAGCCUGAAGCAGUUGCCGUAGUCCCUCCUGCUAAUGCUGCCCCUGAGAAGCCCGCCGUGGGGGCUGGGGUGCCAGCGGAGCCCCAAGAACAGAAGGGUGUGGAGGAACCAGUGGGGGCAGAGCACACAGGUGGCCGGCUGGAAGUGGCUGAAAUCCAAAAAUUAGUAGCAGGACCAGGACGUGCAGAGCUUCUGGACCAUGCGGUGCUGCUGCAGGUGAUCCAGGAGCAGCAGGAGCAGCAGAAGCGGCUCCUGGAGCAGCAGGAGAAGCUCCUGGCGGUGAUUAAAGAGCAGCACAAAGAGAUGCACCAGCAGCAGCAGGAUGGGGAUGCGCCCCCAGAGCCCCAAGGGAAGGAGCAGGAAGCAGCAGCAAAGCCUGUGGACUCAGCACCUGGUGCUCCUGGACACAAUCUGCGCCCCUUGGAGGAUUCCCAAGUGGCCACUGCCAGACCCCCGGCCAAUGCUCAUGGUGGUGCUGCGGACGCUGAGCUCAGGGAGGACCCUGUCAAGGCUCCCAGGCCUGGAACCCGCCCAGUACAGAGCCACAACGUGGCUGUGGAAGGUGCAGGAGAGCAAAAGCCCAGAGGGGCCAUGGCAGCAUCAGCGCCGGCUCCCCUCAAGGCAGUGGCCCCUCCUGAGCAGGCACAGCCAAAGGUGGAUCCCCCAGGCUUGCCAGGCAAGAGGGAAGUAUUGGGGCAGGCCCAGAUGGUGACUGACAAGGCCCAAGGGCCACCAGAGGCGGAACCUGUGCAGAGGGACGGGGGUGUUGCCCGAGACCCUGAGCCUGGCCCCAGGCCCGCCUUUCCUGAUCCCCAAAGGCCCGAAAAUGGCAAACCCAGCCGAGAGCUCAAAGUCCAGGUGGACUCUGACCUGCGGCGGCGGCGGGACACAGUCCCUGCCCAGGAAGAAGCGCCACUGCUUGGCUUCCAGCCCCUGCCCGGCGCCCAAGGCAGGGACCUCCGGAGCGCCUUGGAGACACAGUUGCACCAGGCCGCAGAAGGGGUGGGAGGUGCGCUGCGGGUGCUGUCUGGCCGCCAGGUCAAACAAGCGAACACAGCCCUGGAGGAGGCUUGAGCUGGGGGAGACUGACCUGCCCCUCCAGCCAGACCUGCAUCCCAAGUGCUGCAGCAGAAUAAAAACGUGCCUUUGAC